AUGAGUGGCACGAACCAGGCCGCUUUCCGCGGUGCCACCAUCGCCUUCCAGGAAUACUCCCGAGAUCCCUCUCCCGCCUACAACCACCAACCCUCCAGUACCGCCGCCGCCGCCGCAUUCGCCAGCACCGUGAAUCGUCAUGCAGACUCCAAUCAUCGCCAGAUGGAAGCCGACCCUGGGCCCGAAGUGGGCUCUGUGAAGGACAAGAUCGGACGGUUUACCGCCAACUCCCUUGCGCCCCAGCAAGAUAGCAGAGGUCGAGUUUCGGCUUCAUCCCUCGCGCCGCCCACUCCGCAGCAGAUUGCGGCCCGCUUGGCUGCCUCGAGAUCCCCCGAACGGCCUGCGAGGAGCGGUGACAGCACCCCGUCUACAGCGGCCAGCCUAGGGGCAAUACGAAGUGCAAGCAGGAUGCAACCACACACGCCAGAGAAACAGGAGCUGCGGUCGCCCGCCCCGGUGCGUCCGAUCUAUGGUCGGAAGAGUCCCCUGGACAAGAUGCUCCAGGGCGACAGUCCAAGCUCGGAAGAGCUCUCCGGUCCCACGCGAUCCCCAUCACAGCGGCCGAGGGUCCCAGCACGUCGCAAUGAUCACCCUCCGAGUCCCCCUCCAUCCAUCAGGUCACGGCGGUCGCCAGCCCCGUCCGACGAGUCGAAGCCCAAGCCACCCCCGCGAGCCAGCGAUGUCCAUCUCUCGCGAGGAUCUCUCCGAAAGCCCACCACAUCUCUACGGUCCACGCCUAGCUUAGCAUCAGUAUCCGGGCUGUCACACAACACCAGCAGCUCCAGCCUCGUCGAUGAAUCCAGCGGCAUGAGCGAGGAAGCCCUCUCCAAUGCCAUUGUGGCAUCAACUCUCGCAUCAUCGCGCGCCUCUCCCGCAGCGAAAAUACCUCCACCACCUCCUCCACAGCGCCGCCGAGCUCGAUCAAUACUACACCUAGCACAUACCCCCACAAGCGAUCUAUCCAGAACGCCAAGCCCGCCCAAGGGCAUGCCGCAGACCCUACGCGGGAUGCCCAAGCCAGACAGCGACCCGCAUCAGCGACACAAGAUGCGUCUCAUCCGCAAACACCCACACAAGCACCACGAGGGCGACCGCAAGCGCUGGCGCAGCGAGAUCACCGAGCAGGAACGCAAGCGGUACGAAGGUGUAUGGGCCUCGAACAAGGGCCUACUCAUUCCGCCCAGCAUGGGCGACCACCCGGACAUGGUGCUGAAUCUGGUCGUGCGCGAGGUCUGGGGCCGCAGCCGCUUGCCGGCAGCCGCGCUCGAGCAGGUGUGGGAGUUGGUGGAUCGGCAACGGAUCGGGCUGUUGGGCCGAGAGGAGUUCGUGGUGGGCAUGUGGUUGAUCGAUCAGCAGCUCAAGGGCCAUAAGCUGCCUGUUCAGGUGCCUGAUAGUGUGUGGGACAGCGUGCGCCAUAUCACGGGCUUGAGGCUACCGACGGCGUAG